AAGUGACCCAAUUCAGAUUUUUUGUCCAAUCUGAUUUUUUGUCCCAUGGCCGUUCCCACUUCCAAAUAAAUGCGACCUGUACGUGUUCUGCAGUCUGAACGGGCAAACGACCUGGAAGUGUCCGGCAUGCGCACUAGAGGGCACAAUAACGUCAGUGUUCUCAGUCUUCUGCCAACCGCUAUGAAAAGAAGUAGUGCUCAGUGUUUGGGGAAGUAAACAUGGAUGCUAACAGUGGAGCAUAGCUUACACAGUUGAAGUUGUCUGAUCGGAGCAGCAUAUUAACAACUUAAUCCUCAUAUAGUCUGCCAUGGUUUUUGUUAAUUUUCCUGCUUGCGCGUAUCAGGAUGCAGAAUAGUGACGUUUCUCGAGUAUCAGUGACGUUCAGGUCGGAUAAAUGCGACCUGGACGUUCGGUCGCGUUUGAAUUGGAUACGUAUCAGAUACCCAAGUGGCCCGGGUCGCAUUCGAAAAGAAUUUGACCUGUUCUGCUCAGACUGUCAUGAAAAGAUCGGAUACAGGUCGCAUUACGUCAAAAAGAUCGGAAUUGGGUCACUUCAGGCUGCAUUGUGAACGAAGCCUUAGAUUUUUGUUUGGAUUUAAGCUGUUUGCUUGUCAAUAAAAUAUUACAUUACUGAAAAAAUCAAUAUAUUUAAGAAGUGCAUUAUCAAAAAUGUUGGAUUUAGACAUUUAAAUUAUUAUAACAAACAAGAUGUGAUCGCUUACCUGUGAUGGAUGGUUAUGUAAAGGCAAUUUACUUCUGAUAACAUUUUUGAAAACAGAAACUGCAACAAAGUUCUAGUUCUGAACCGAAACUUCUGUAUCAACUGGAAAGGAGAGUUAUUCACCAUUAAAUAUUGGAAUGUUUUGUUUUUUAAAAAUAAACAUGUUUUGGUUUCUCAUAGUUAACAGAAGUAGAUUGCCUCUACAUAACCACCCAUAAAAGGUAAGCAAUCACAUCUUAAAUGUCUUAAUCAACCAUAUUUGAUAGUGCACUUUUUAAUGUUUUUUAAAUAAUGCAUGUUUGUAAAGAUAAACAUCUUAAUGUUUACAAAAAAUGUUCCGACAUGAGAAACUUUUUGUGAAUUGUAUAUUAGUUUCCCACAUUUGAAUCUCCUGCAGAGAUUAUUUUGGUGUCUUUGCUCCCCCUUGUGGUAUAAAAUAUGUAAACCAUGACUUGCAUGUUUUAUGGUAAAGUGCUUGAAGCUGAGCUGUAAAUCAUUUUCAGAUGCUAAUUGAAAGACCUGAGGGAAAUAAAAUAAUUUAACUGAGACUCAUUUCAUAAUGUAUGAAUCCAUAAUGUUUCUGAGACGCUUCAGCGCCUCAGCUGAAGCUAGACUAUCUGAUAGUUAGAUCAUUUUUAUACAGCAAGAAAUAAACUGCUGUUUCUAUAACAGCUGUCAUAGAAAUCAUGUUUUUUUUCUUCAUUUCCUGUGAGGUCAUGAUGAAGAGUCAGGUAGUGCUCCUUUAUGUCCUGAUCAUUAUGAGUGAAGGAUCAGCAAAAAGCCUGAAACCCCGCCGGAGCGUUUUCUUCUCAGAUAUUAACCUGAAGCUGUUUAAGGAGCCAGACUUUGACGGUUUGAGCUCCCUGCUGGUGAGAGAAGACAUCGGUCUGCUCUUCAUCGGAGCCAGAGGAAAGGUCAUCACUCUCGGUUUGGAUGACAUCACUGAAAAGACCAGCGAGACUAACUGGACGGUGAGCUCUGAAGACAAAUCCCAGUGCCAGAAUAAAGGCAAGAGUAUCGAGGAAUGUGACAACUACAUCAUGAUGAUGCACACUCUGGAUGAUGGCAGAAUUCUGGUUUGUGGAACCAGAGCAUUCGACCCUACCUGCACACACCUGAUAGUCGACGAAGGAAAUGUCACCAUGGAAGACACAACUCAGAGUGGCAGAGGGAAAAUUCCCUUUGACCCCAAAGAAAAAUUUGCCUCCAUGAUGAAUGGAAACACUUUAUAUACCGCUGGCUCCUUAAACUUCCUGGGAACAAGAAUGGCUUUCCAAAAACAUGCGCAGAAUCUGAUCAAGAAUGAAGAUGGAUUCAUUUGGUUCUUCGAGCCCACCAUAAUUUCCAUGCACAUGGCUGAAAUAAACAAAAGUUCAGAGAACAAUGAGGACGACAACGUGUUCUUGUUCCUCAUCGAGAAUGGUAUUGAAGAACCACGCAACCUGCGGCUGUCGAGAGUUGCACGAGUGUGUAAAAGUGACGUGGGAGGAAUGAGAAUGUUGCGGAGAAAGUGGACCUCUUUCCUGAAAGUCCGUCUGGACUGCCCAUUCGGAGACAUAGGCUCUCCCUCUCUGGUGCAGGACGUCUUUCUUCUACGAGAUGAAAAUAAUUUGACGAACAGCGUCUUCUACGCAACAUUCAUCCUAAACCCGGAGCCAUCCAGUACCUGCAGUCAGUCCGCUGUCUGCGCCUACAAGCUGUCAGACAUCAGGCAAGUUUUCAGGGGGAACUUUAUGACCGAGACUGCUUAUGGCACCUGGGUGAGGUUCAUGGGAGCAUUACCUACCCCUUAUCCUCGUUCAUGUAUUAAUGAUGAAAUGCGAGCCAGUGGUGUGAAGACUUCUUAUGACCUCCCAGACUCAACCCUGCAGUUUCUGAAGAACCAUCCUCUGAUGGAGGGAGCGGUGACGCCGCUCACUGGGAAGCCCCUGCUGGUUCGAUCUAUGGCCCAGUUCUCCAAAAUUGUUGUUGACAAAGUAACCUCUCUGGAUGGAGAGCAGCACAACGUCAUGUUUAUUAGCAACAACUCUGGUUGGCUGCAGAAGGCGGUGUGGUCUGGUGAUGAUGGAGGGCGAAUCAUUGAGGAGUUGCAGCUGUUUCAGGGUCCUCAGCCCAUUCGCUUCCUUCAGCUCUCCUCUAGAAGAGGUCAGCUGUACAGCGCAACUAGAACUGCUGUUGCUCAGCUCAGUGUGAGGGACUGCAGCCGCUACACAUCCUGUGCUGACUGCCUUAUAGCCAGAGAUCCAUACUGUGGCUGGAACCGUCUCAAAGGCCUGUGUGCUGCUGUUGCUGGUGCUUCAAACUUCUCCAUGAUCCAGAACCUCAUUGAUGGUGAUGCUACAAUGUGCCCAAGCUCUCAUUUGUCAAAGCAGAUUACCGACAUCCACCUCACAGUUGACGUCGCACAGUUCCUCCCCUGCUCCCCUGAUACCAAUCUCCCCAUCAGCUGGAGCUUCUCUGGUAAAAUCCUUGAGCCCGGUCCCCGACACAUUCUGCUCAGCCAGGGACUCGUUUUAACACCUUCCUUCACUGAUGAAGGCCUUUACACCUGUGAGACAGUGGAAGUAGUUAAAGGCAGAGAGCACAAGAAGGCAGUGAACCAGUACAACGUUAAAGUUUCAGAGGGUGGGGUAAACUGGCUUCAGGCUAUAGUUAUCUCUUUUUUAGCUGUUUUUUGUGUCCUGUGUCUAAUGCUCAUCAUCUCCGUAUGCUGGAAGAAGAAAUCUCGAAACCGUGUUGGCACUACCAGUGUGAGUUAUGAUAGCACUGAGCGACCAGAGUGGAAGACAAAGUCCUGCAGCUGUGAGAGUGAUCCUGAUACUAAGAAAACCAUAGCAAAUGGGGUGGAAAAGAGGAAAAAAUCUACAGUUUAAAACAAAUUUAUAGUUUCAUAACAGAACAACCCACUUUUGUUACACUUUGUGCAUCACUGCCAUCAACUCUGUAAAAAUAAAUGACAAAAAUGAUUAAA